UGCACGUACGUGUACGUCUCGAACAGUUGCGUAGAAUGACGCAGAACCCACAAACCCGGAAGUAGAGCAUCAGCUGUAAACAAAGCUGUGGAAGCUGUUAAGUUAAAGAUGGUGUACGUGUCUAACGGUCAGGUUCUGGACAGCAGGUCCCAGUCGCCAUGGCGACUGUCCUUUCUGGUCGAUCUCUUCUGGGGAGCAGUGGAUUUUAUCGGCCUGUUUUUUAAGACAAUACUUCACCCCGACAUGACGAAGGAUGGAAAAUCUGGUGCGUCCCGCUUCAGUGACGGCAGAGGUCCUCCAGGUCCCCCUGGUGGCAGAAGGCGGAUGGGGAGAAUUAACCAUGGUGCAGGUCCCUCUGCCCCACCAAUGGGCGGCGGAGGAUGAGGAAGGUAA